CGCUGGCCAUUUCUGCCUUGUUUAGUUGUUCGACGUCCAUCCUUCAUCGAUCAUUGAUGCUACGAUGCAGGAAGCAUCUGCCACAUGGUCGAAGCUGUUCCACGAGGAUGCCGGUUUGUAAGACCCUCGUAGUCGUGGUCACUAGGAAUACGGUGAGCUUGCACGCGAGAUGCGUUGCCUACCACAGAUAUGGAAUCCUUCGGGGAAGCCUGCGAUCUUUCGCGUCGCAUCCGCCUACGUCAAGGCCAGCCGUGUCUGCUAAGAUGCCUUCCGGUUGCCGUCUGAAUGCGCUGAGUUAUUUCAAGGACGAGAACUCGCGAAAAUCGCGAUACCUCUAGCCAAUGGACGUACUCUUGCCUAUUCCCGACUGUUCUGAUAAAGUUUCUGAGCGCCCUUACAGCCGUAUUCAAGCACCAUCAUCUAGACGGUGUAACUAAAAUAAUGCCGACGGCCUCCUGAAACUAAUCUUCAAUACAGGGUAUAACGUUGUAUGCGCUUGCCUACUUUUUCAUCAUGAGCAUGGCAUACCCCCUUCUGCCGAGCGGCAGGCCUGGGUCGGUGGUGUUGUAUGUGCUGGGAUCAAUGGCGGUUCACUAGAGUAUCAUGACUUACCGUAGAUUCCAGAAAUGCUCUGAAACUUCCUCGUGGCCUAGUCCUCGUAAAUACUCAAAGAUAACGUAAGGAUCUUGUACACUCACCUUCCCCACCGUAAUUAUGAGGCUUUCUCACCUAUC